CCCCUUCCUAGUGAGUGUACUGUCCCACGGUGUUCAGCAACACCAUGGCCAUGGCCAUGCCUGAGCUGUGUCAGCUGGCCCAGCAGGGAGAUCUCCCGAAGAUCCGGGCUCUCCUCGCCUCCUCACCGUGCCCGGACAGGCUGCUGGACACCCGCCACAGGAAGUCCGGCGACUCGGUGUUGCACUACGCGGCGCGACACGGCCACCUGUCCGUACUGCGGUACCUGUGUGAGGAGUGCGGGCUGAGUCCGGAGACUGGGAAUGUGGAUGGGAAGAGACCUCUGCACGAGGCGGCACAGGCGGGACAGACUGAGUGUGUCAGGUAUCUGAUCAGCAGAAGCAUUCAAAUCAAUGUACUGAAGAGAGCUGACUGGACUCCCAUCAUGCUUGCCUGCACAAAAACCAACCUGACUGUUGUACAGUUACUGAGGGAUGCUGGGGCUGACUUGACCAUACGGAACAAAGACGGCUGGAACUGCUUCCAUGUCGCCUGUAGGGAGGGUGAUGUGGACAUCCUGAGUUACCUGCUGGACUGUGACGGUACCCUGUGGGAGUCAGUCAGCACCAAUGGUAGAACUCCGCUGCACACAGCUUCUCUACAUGGAUGUGUGGGGGCCACACAGGUUUUGCUGCAGAGAUGUAACUAUGCACCUGACACACCUGACAGCUGUGGAAGUACACCUCUCAUGGAUGCUGUUCGAGCCGACAACAUUGACCUGGCACAGCUGCUGGUCAAACAACACGGAGCUGAUGUCCAGAAACUGGACACUAUGGGUCGGCAACCUCUGCACCUGGCUGCCCAGGCUGGCUGCAUACAAGCUGUCAGGUACCUAUUGACUGAACAUGGCAUCCCUGUGGACACCCCUGCCCCAGGGAGUGGGUUGACCGCGCUGCAUUUUGCAGCCAAAGAAGGACAAACAGAUGCAGUAAAGCUUCUAGUGAGAUUUGGGUCAAAUGUCAACAUAAAGGACGACAAAGGUCGGACGGCCCUGCACAUGGCGUCUGGCGGUCAGCACGCCGAGUGUGUCAGGGUGCUGCUGACCAGUGGGGCGGUGGAUGGCACGGACCGGUCAGGGAACACAGCAGAACAACUUGCAAGAAAGAAAACUGUUAAAGACAUCUUCAGGCAAAUAAAUUAGAUGUUGAUGUCUGUGCAAUGUUUUGUGUUAGGCUACAGCAAGUAAAUUUUAUGGAUGACAUCAGCGCUUGCAUUAAUUUUCGCCUGAUUUGAG